CCUGGUUGGCGCGCGGCCAGGCUCCUCCGGAGAGGGCCGGCUCGCGCCUUCCCCUCCUCUCCUCCCUCCGUCCUCUGCCGAAAACCCGCAGACGCGCGGCUCUGCGCAGCAACAGGCGAGAAGAAGGGAGCGGCGACGGCGCGCGGGCCACUUCUUCCACGGGAAACCUCCCGAAGAUGAGAAACGCGUCGGCGCGGACGGAUCCCCGGGAGUUGCGACGGGAGUGAUUUGCUUUUCCUCCAGGAGAAAACAGCCCGGAUUACGCGCGUUGCUUUUCCGCCGCAUGAGACGUCAAAGUCCGCCUCCACCAACAAAGCGGGCGCCUUUGAGCCGGACCGGACCCCCCCCCCCUCCAGCUCGUGAUUUAAUGCCCCCGGGUCUCUGUGGAGGCCAGUGAAGGAUGCCAGGAUGCCCUCUCUGAUCCCCCAUCUGCUUGUCAUCUGGAUCAGCGUCCACAGGCUGGCGUGGUGCACGGAGCGCUCCUCGGCACGGGAGCGCUUCAAGGUGGUCAUCGCUCCGCUCAUCUGCAAGCGGAUCUGCCUGAAGGGUCAGUGCCAGGAUACCUGCGAGCAGGGCAACAACACCACGCUGAUCGCCGAGAACGGGCGGGGGGCCGACACGCUGAUCGGACAGGGCUUCAGGGUCGUCGUGUGUCCCCUGACGUGUCUGAACGGAGGCGUGUGCAGCUCCAGGAAGCACUGCCUGUGUCCGCCCGGCUUCACCGGACGCCUCUGCCAGUUCCCGCUGCAGCAGACGCACCAAGCGCAGGCGGCGCGGGGCAACAAGCAGCCCGUGUAUCCCAUAUCUCUGAAGCCUGAUGGCCAGAAGCUGGUGGAGCAGCCGGUGGGGCGCAUGCAGCACACAGUGUUCACGCUGCCCUUCACUCACUUAGGCUACCACUCAUCAGAAGUGCAGAUCAACGUGCGCGUCCCCCACGCGUCCGUGGAGCACUCGCACGUCAAGCCGCCCCACAAGACGGCGCAGCGGCCGGCGCCGUCCAGACACAAGCCCAAGGGCCGCUGCUUCCAGGAGACCACGCCCAAGCAGGCUUGCAACAGCACCCCGCUCCCCGUCCUGACCAACCAGGAGGAUUGCUGCGGCAGCGUGGGCAACUCAUGGGGGCAAAACAAGUGUUAUCAGUGUCCCAAUCUACCAAAUGCAUCGGUCAAACAGACCAUUGUGGAGGACUAUGGGCCAACAUGUCCACAAGGCUAUAAAAGAUACAACAGCACACACUGUCAAGACAUCAACGAGUGCUCCCUGCAGGGCGUUUGUCAGAACGGGGACUGUCUGAACACACUGGGCAGCUUCAAAUGCUCCUGCAACAGCGGUUACGUGCUGGACAGAAACCGAUGCGUCGAGUCUCCGCUGGAGUCGGCCCAGUGCUUCCUGAUGGCGUCCGAGAGCAGGGGCUGCGAGCACCCGCUGCCCACCCACAUCACCCGGGACACGUGCUGCUGCACGGUGGGCAAAGCCUGGGGCCGCGGCUGCGAGCGGUGUCCGCAGGUGGGCACAGUGGCCUUCAGUAAGAUCUGUCCUGCUGGGAAGGGCUACUACCUCCAGAGGGAGACCGUGGCCUUCUCCUUCAAUCACGACAAGCCUCCGGAGGCCACGCCCCCUGUGCAGCAGGCUCCCACCAGCACCAGCGCGUACCGUGUGCCAGUUACGAAACCCACCCCUCCUCCCAUCGUCCGGCUGACCCCGGGCUACGGCCCCCACGAAACACAGACCAAAGUCCUGCCAGAGACAGAUGAAUGUUCACUAAGCAGGAACAUUUGUGGCCACGGAGAGUGUGAGAACAGCCCGAACGGCCACAUCUGUCACUGUCACCCCGGCUACCAUCUCAACCCGCAGAGGAACAUCUGUGAGGAUGAAUGUGACUCAGAGCCGUGCGGCCACGGCCGAGGCUUUUGCGUCAACACAGAUGGAGGCUACCGCUGCUUCUGUCGUCAGGGCUAUAAGCACCUGGUGCAGCAAGGGAGACUUAAGUGCGUGGAUGUGAACGAGUGCCUGAAGCAAGACAUCUGUGGAGCUGGGGGCCAGUGUGAGAAUCUGCCCGGUUCCUACAAAUGUGAAUGUUACAGCGGCUUCAAGAGCAAGUCCCACCGUCAUCCAGCCUGUGAAGACAUAAACGAGUGUUUGAAUCCUGACGUGUGUCCCAACGAGCAGUGUGAGAACACGCCCGGCUCCUUCGAGUGCGUCCCCUGUUCCCCCGGUCACGAGGCCCGCGGCGGCGCCUGUUACGACAUUAAUGAGUGCCAGAAGCCUGGUGUCUGCCCUAACGGCCGCUGUGAGAACCUCCCGGGCACCUACCGCUGCCUGUGCAACGAGGGCUUCCUCCCGUCUGCCGACAGCAAAGGCUGCAGCGACAUUGAUGAGUGCGAGGACGUCAGACUAUGCGCCUAUGGCCACUGCAUCAACACAGAAGGCUCCUUCCAGUGCCAGUGCUACCCUGGAUACCAGCGCACGCAGGAGGGCAGCCACUGUGAAGACAUCAACGAGUGUGAAAGGCCGUCUAACUGUCAGAGGGGCCACUGCAUCAACAGCAUGGGCUCGUACCACUGCAAGUGUGAGAAGGGCUACAUGCUGGUGGGAGGCAGAAGAUGCCAAGACAUAGACGAAUGCGCCACAGACAGAAGUCUCUGCCAGCCGUACGGAUUCUGUGAGAAUAAAGCCGGCUCGUACGAGUGCGUCUGCAACCACGGCUACGACCUCUCCGAGGACAAGCACAGCUGUGAGAUGCAGAGGAUGCAGGAAGAGAAGAAGGAGUGCUACCUGAACCUGGACGACACCGUGUUCUGUGACAGCGUCCUGGCCACCAACGUCACCAAGCAGGAGUGCUGCUGCUCCAUUGGAGUGGGAUGGGGAGAUCACUGCGAGAUCUACCCCUGCCCCGUGUCCCAGUCAGCUGAGUUCCACUACCUGUGUCCAAACGGCCAAGGUCUCUACUAUGAAGAAAGACUCCAGUACAGCCUCCCAGCGUACCAUGAUAUCGAUGAGUGCGCUUUGUUCGCGGACGAAAUCUGCAAGAAAGGUCGCUGCGAGAACACGAUGCCGGGCUACGAGUGCUACUGCCAACAGGGCUUCUACUACGACGGCAACCUGCUGGAGUGCAUCGAUGUGAAUGAAUGUCACGACGAGUCUCUGUGCACUAACGGUCAGUGCAUCAACACCGAAGGAUCCUUCUACUGUAACUGUAACCAGCCCUGGAUUCCAGACCCCUACAAGAAGAAGUGUGUGAUGGCAACAGUAGCAGAUGUGAAUGAGUGUGAGGACCCGCAAAACUGCAAGAACGGCCACUGUGUGGACACUCCGGGCUCCUACUACUGCAUCUGCUCUCCGCCCUGGACCCUGGCCACCGACCGCAACAGCUGCGUGACGCCCGAGGAACAAGCUGAUGUAGAUGAGUGCCAGGACCCCUCGUACUGUAAGAAUGGGAGGUGUGAGAACACGCCCGGCUCCUUUCACUGCUUUUGCGACCCUCCCCUCACCUUCAGCGCAGCGUUGAAACAGUGCGUCUUUGACGAUCGCACCGCAGCCCACAAGGACGUGUGCUUCCUGCAGGUGGACGAGGGCCUGAUCUGCAGCGAGCCGAGGAACGGCAUGGUGGUGACCUACUCGGAGUGCUGCUGCCACUAUGGCCGCGGCUGGGGGCCCGAGUGCAACACCUGUCCGUCCAGGAACUCAGAAAUGUUCAGCCGUCUGUGCGAGAUGCAUCUGGAGACGGAGUCUGAUGGAGAGCAGGAUUUCCUGGCAGCUUUUGCCUACAACCCAGGCGACAGCUCUGAGGAGGAUUCAGAUGAAUGUAGCUGUGCAAAUGGCCGCUGUGUGCGCUCCUACCUGGCCACCAUGUGUGAAUGUAACACGGGCUUUAGGCCGGACCACUCCCGCACCCGCUGCAUAGACAUCGACGAGUGCGCCGAACCCGGGGGCCGCGGCGGCCUGUGCAAGAACGCCCGCUGCGUGAACACCGCCGGCUCCUUCAAGUGCUACUGCAAACACGGGUUCGUGCCGACGCGCAGGCAAAACAUAUGCGUCCGCCGCAGAAGCCGGUAGCCACGGUUACAAGCCCCAUCUCCAUCCCGCACACGGAGCCCGUGCUCAGCCAGAGCCGACGCACAGCACAGCCUCCCCUCCACAUUUAGAGAAAGAACCCACGCAGACGGGAAAUAGGUUUGUCUGCUUAACGUUUUUGUAAUUAUUGUUUUGAAGCUGAUAUUUUUUAAGUUCAAAGUGUGCAUUUUACAUCUUAAUUUGAAUCUGUGUUGAAGCUCUUGUUCAGUAUUUGCAUACUGUAGGAAUGCCACACUAAUGUUUAAAUGUUAUGGUUGUUCCCAUUCACAUUCUCCAGUCCACAUUUUUAAAUGUGUAAAGCUAAAUUGUCGUCUGAAUUGUAUUUUCCAACAACAUAUUGUUGAUUUUGUGUUAUUGUACAGAUUGUCUGAUGGAUUAAUGGUUUUUGUUUGACCCUCCUUCCCCUGUUUACUUGUUGAUGUAACGUAUGAGACAGACUGAAGUUUUUGUAUAAUUUGACAUGUGCACCUAAGUGGACUUUUAAGCUAGGAAAAACUCAUGCACUUAGCGGUGAAUAUUAGUGAGCAUAUAUGCUAAAUGUAGCUUGUUCUGAAACUCCAGGAAAGUUUGACCUCCGUUGUCAUAACUGCUGCAUCGAAAUAUUUAGAAACCAAAGACGGUGUUGAGAUGACAAGAAGCUGAUUAAUAAAACAAGAUGUUUACCUGUGA